AUGGCGCAGGAUCCGGGUCCAGGGGAGGUUCGGUUCGGGUAUCGCUUCCACCACCUGUUUGCGCUGUUAUGUUUUGUUGCGUUGGUUUUCAAGUUAACCAUUCAGGUCAUCAAGAGGAGAAAGACCUUUGCAAAAAUGGAACCUUUUGCUGGACCACCACCAUCACACUGGCUUUUUGGACACGUACUUGAGUUAAAACAAGAUGGUACGAGCCUACAAACUAUGCUAGAUUGGGGGCUAGACUACCCCUAUGCAUUCCCAGUGUGGUUCGGUCCAUUUGUGUGCGUCCUCAACAUCCACCAUCCUGAUUAUGUGAAAACUAUCCUGGCAUCAACAGAGCCUAAAGAUGAUUUGGCGUAUCAUUUUAUUAAAAAGUGGAUUGGAGAGGGUUUAUUGGUGACACAUGGGCAGAAGUGGUUUCGCCACAGACGGCUGCUAACUCCAGGUUUCCAUUAUGAUGUGUUGAAACCUUAUGUAAAAUUGAUGUCCGACUCAGCAAACACUAUGUUGGACAAAUGGGAAACUUAUGCCAAAAGUGGAGAGACUUUUGAGUUAUUCGAACAUGUCAGCCUCAUGACUCUGGACAGUAUUUUAAAAUGUGCCUUCAGCCACAACAGCAACUGCCAGACUGAGGGAGGAACACAAGCAUAUAUCCAAUCUGUUUAUGAGCUGAGUUACUUGGUCAACCUGCGCUUCAGGACCUUUCCUUAUCACAAUGACCUUAUUUUCUACCUCAGCCCACAUGGAUACAGAUUCAGAAAGGCCUGCAAAGUGGCCCACGGUCACACAGCUGAAGUUAUAAAAAGGAGAAAAGAAGAGCUCAAAGAGGAAAAAGAGCUGGAUCGCAUACAAGCCAAGAGGAACUUAGACUUCUUGGACAUCCUUCUUUGUGCAAGAGAUGAGGACAAUCGGGGUCUGUCGGAUGAAUCGAUCCGCGCUGAAGUGGACACGUUCAUGUUUGAGGGCCAUGACACCACAGCAAGCGGCAUCUCCUUCAUCCUCUACUGCCUGGCCUGUCACCCGCGGCAACAGCAGCAGUGCAGGGAGGAGAUCCAGCAAGCUCUGGGAGGCAAGAGCACUAUGGAGUGGGAGGCCUUGAGUAAAAUUCCAUAUACAACAAUGUGCAUUAAAGAGUCCCUUCGUCUGUAUCCGCCGGUGCCAGGAAUGGCUCGCAUCACGACCAAACCCAUGACCUUUUUUGAUGGAAGGACCAUACCAGCAGGAUGCAUUAUAGGAACAAGCGUGUAUGGAAUUCACAGGAAUCCAUCGGUCUGGGAAAAUCCUGAUGUUUUUGAUCCACUACGUUUCCUCCCAGAAAACUCCUCUUCUCGGUCGCCUCACGCCUUUGUGCCCUUCUCUGCAGGCCCGAGGAAUUGCAUUGGUCAAAGUUUUGCCAUGAAUGAGAUGAAGGCGGUGGUGGCGCUCACGCUGCAGAGAUAUGAACUGAUGCAGGACCCGCAGUGGGAGCCCAAACUCUGCCCUCGACUCGUGAUGCGCUCCCUCAACGGAAUCCACAUAAAAAUCAAACCAGUGGAGUCCAAUACAUGA